CGGCGAAUGCGGAAGUAGAGCGAACAACAACUAGAGACUGAGGAAAACGAAACAUAAACAGAAAUCUCGACAGAAAAGAUGUUUUCUCGAAUUUAGAUCAAGCCAACAUCAUUUGUAACUUCAAGAGGAAAAGGGCUUCUUCAAAAGGAUGAACUGUGAGGCCACUGUCAAGCAUUUGGAGAGCUCAGAAGACCUCCAGAAGCCCACCGAUGAAGAGUCAUGUGAGGAAGAAAUGGACACAUCAGAGGCCAAGUGGCGCUGGUUCUACCUUGCGGAGUGUGGCGUCUGGCAUAUGUUUGAAGAAGUUCCCAGCACAGGCUGUUCUGUCACCAAUGAGCAAAUUGAACAAAACUACAUCAAGAAUCAGCAUGCUUCAAUGGACUUCUAUACUGCUAAAUAUACAUAUAAAUUAGACUUUUCUGCUAUGAAACAAGUUAAUGUGACUACUGGAAAAGAACGGCCAAUCAAACGGGCAUUGCAUUCAGCUACUGACUUUAGAUUUAUCUGUGAUAACCCAGCCCUUCCUGUACCCAGUCACUGGGAAAGAGUUAAUACAGAAGAACCCUAUCAGCUUAUUGCUUUAUGCAGAGAUACGUUUGAGUACAAAGAAGUGGCCCGGUUAUAUGAGAGAACCAUGAGCCAGACCAUCAGAUCCAUUCAAAGAGUACAGAACCUGGACUUGUGGGAGUUUUUCUGCAGGAAAAAGGCCCAGUUGAGAAAGAUAAAACGUGUUAUAGAUGUUGAAGAAAAGAUGCUUUUUCAUGGAACCGGUCACAGUAACAUACAGGCCAUAUGCACAUACAACUUUGAUUGGCGUCUCACAGGAAGCCACGGUGACGUCUAUGGCAAAGGAAGUUAUUUUGCACGCGACGCAAGAUAUUCAAGCAAGUUUUGUCAUUCGACUAGCAAGCACAACUUUAUCCUACAGAGACAUGGUCUAGCGCCCCCUGUUUUCCAGAGCGACCCACCGUACAAGUGCAUGUUCCUGGCACGGGUUCUAGUUGGGGAAUACACGCUGGGUCACCCCCAGUACUGCAGACCACCAUCCAAAGACAUGAGCAUUGCCAACUUUUUCGACAGCUGUGUGGAUGACAUGAUGAGCCCGAAGAUCUUUGUUAUUUUCGACAGCAACCAGAUCUACCCGGAAUACCUGAUUGAAUUUUACUGACAACAGAGACCGAAAGGAAAUCAGUGAAUUUUCAAAAGAAUUAACAGCGUUUUCAUUCUGAUGAGCGUACUGCUCUGUGUGGCUGUGGCUGGUUACUGCAAAAGUGCCUUUGGUGAAAAUGGACUACAUACUGUGUCUAGGGGGCAGAUUUAAAACAUAUUCAUAGUUUAUAUGGAUAUGAUCAAUUUUAUGUUUUUUAUAACAUAUUCAUUUAUGAUACAAAACAUAUGAAAAUUCAUUCAUGGAAUGAAAUGAAAAAAAAAAAAAUCAUUUGGAAUUUGUUUGCAUGAAAUGGCGUAACGUUUAUGUUAUUUACUUUUGUCAUUUCCAGCAAUCGUGCUUUGUGGAAAAAAGGUGCUGGUAGAAUGUGAUUCCUUGAAAAGUAUGUACCCUGAGUUAUGUUUUUCAAAUUUGCACAUGUAACAUUUUAUUACUAUUAUUUUUCAUAGCCUACCUCUCCACAAUUCUACCUCUUCUCAUUUUUUUUUAAAGACAACAACAAAGAAACUGAUCGCCAAGAGUUUUUAAACACCCAUAAUUUAAAAUGGAAAUUGAAUUAUGUCUUUAAAUUGUGAUGGAAUGGACAUAGCGACAGAUCAUUUCUUCCAUAUUCUGACGUACAUCAGAGUGAAGCGGAUUAUUGGAAAAGAAAAAAAUGUUGGGUGGGACUUGGUUCUAUCCAUUGGUUGUUGAUUGGAUGGAGGCAGAUCUAAAUAAGAUUUAUUUAUUUGUUUCUUUAAUACAAUGUCAAAAUAAAUAAUUAAAAAUAUUUAAAACAAAUAAAUGAAACAUGCAUGGAUGAGUCAUUCAAAAUUAGAUGAAUAACAUGCAUUAAAAAAAAAAAAAAAACCACAUCAUGAAAUUCUAGCACUACACAUUUAAAAAGUAUGCUACUAUAAAAAAAAUAAAAAUAAAAAGUAUAUCCUCUGCCCAUUCAUUGAUUACACAUUUUGCCUAAUUUGCCUAAUUUAGUUCAAACCAGCAUUAACAGUGUGAUCCUCGCAACUAUGUUUAAUAUCCUUUUGCCAAAUCAAUUUUUCAGAUCUUCUGACAUGGAAAAAAAUGAAUAAAUAAUAUUAAAAUCAAAAUGAAUUUAUGCAUAGUCCAAUAUGCUGAUCCAUGUAUUUCCAAAGGGUUUAUUUGUUAGCUUCAGACCUGAUUUACCACUUCAUAAUUUUUAUGACAGUACUUUUUCUUGUGAUCUCCUCAUGGCUGAUAUAAAGAAAAUCAGAGCUCUUUGAUUUACUCAGACAACAUAAAAAGCUAUAGCUUUAGUAUAUAACUAGAUAUUCAUGCACUCAAUACUGUUUUCAUUCUUGUUAAAAUACUAAUGACAUUAAAAUGCAAUCUCAAACGUAUUGAUAUACAGUUGCCAAUAAGUAGAACGGAAGUAUAUACAGGUAUGCAACAUAUUCAAGAUUAAUAGAAAUACAUUUUUUAAGUGUUAGUAAGGAUUCAGAGUUUUUAACAUUUCUGUGAUGUUAAGUAUUAGUUAAGUAUGUAUGAUAUAUCAGCUUUAAAACUUCUACUAUUCUUGUGUACACUUUUAGAACACUUUUCACAAGAACAAUUUUACAGUUGAU